AUGUUGCGCAACGCAGCAGCGACAGCGCGCAAGGCUGUCACAGAUUUGGGGCAGUUUCCUAAGGCUGGCGACAAGCUCCAUGGCUUCACGCUCGUUCGAUCGAAACACGUCCCCGAGCUCGAAUUGACCGCGGUGCACCUUCAGCACGACAAGACAGGCGCCGACUACCUCCAUAUUGCGCGUGACGACAGCAACAAUGUCUUCUCUAUCGGCUUCAAAACUAAUCCCCCAGAUGACACUGGCAUCCCCCAUAUCCUCGAGCACACAACCCUUUGCGGUAGUGAAAAAUAUCCGAUUCGCGAUCCUUUCUUCAAGAUGUUGCCGAGGACUCUUUCCAACUUCAUGAACGCGUUUACCGCAUCGGAUCAUACGUUCUAUCCCUUCGCCACGACCAACGCCCAGGACUUCAAGAACCUCAUGUCCGUCUACCUCGAUUCGACGCUCAAGCCUCUCCUGAAAGAGUCGGACUUUACGCAAGAAGGUUGGCGAAUCGGGCCCGAGAAUCCGCUGGCCGAGGAUCCAGAAAGCAAGAAGCUCGUCUUCAAGGGGGUGGUCUACAAUGAGAUGAAGGGCCAGAUGUCCGACGCCGGCUAUCUCUACUACAUCAGAUUUCAAGAUCACAUCUUUCCGGCCAUCAACAACUCGGGUGGCGACCCUCAAAAGAUCACCGACCUGACCUACGAGCAACUGAGGAAUUUCCAUGCCGAGCAUUACCAUCCCAGCAACGCAAAGGUCUUCACAUAUGGAGAUAUGCCGCUCGCCGAUCACUUGAAGGAGGUCGACGCUCGUCUUCAAGCCUUUGAGAAGAUCAGGGCUGAUCGCAACAUCCACGAACCCGCAACGCUAGAUGGCCCUCGGGAGGUCACCCAGUAUGGACCCUUGGACCCCCUGGUUGCCUCGGACCGACAAUACAAAACCUCUGUAUCCUGGGUGACUGGAGACACCACGGAUGUCUUGGAGUCCUUCUCUAUCGCGCUCCUGUCGACGCUAUUGAUGGACGGUUACGGCUCACCCUUGUACCGAGGGCUUGUAGAGACUGGUAUGGGAGCCGACUGGAGCCCAAACGCAGGCUACGAUAGCGGGGCCAAGCGUGGAAUUUUCUCGAUUGGACUCACUGGCGUUCAAGAAGCUGAUGUGCCGAAGCUAAGGGGACGUAUCCAGGAGAUCUUGCGCGAUGCUCGAGACAAGGGUUUCGACAGGACCAAGAUUGACGGUUCCUUGCAUCAGCUUGAGCUUGGCCUCAAGCACAAGACGGCCAACUUUGGCUUCUCUAUGCUCAAUCGGCUCAAGCCCAAGUGGUUCAACGGCGUCGAUCCCUUUGAUUCGCUGGCAUGGAACGACACAUUGACCCGCUUCCAGCAGAAGUUGGACCAGGGUGGUUAUCUCGAAGGCUUGAUCGACAAGUAUCUCCUGAACGACAACACUUUGACAUUCACCAUGGCUCCCUCUACCACAUUCGGCGAGGAGUUGGUCAAGGAGGAGCAACAGCGCUUGUCGUCCGUGAUCAAGGCAGCCGAGGAGAAGGCUGGCAGUGCCGAAAAAGCCCGCGAAAUCUUCGAGAAACAAGAGCAAGACCUUCUGGUUGAGCAGAACAAGACCAACACUGAGGAUCUCAGCUGUCUGCCCACUGUCUACGUCAAGGAUAUCCCCCGAGCCAAGGAUUCUGUGGUUGUCCGCGACGAGAAAGUGGGCAAUAUUCCUGUGCAAUGGCACGAAGCCCCAACAAAUGGCCUCACUUAUUUUCGGGCCAUCAAUACCCUUGACAAUUUGCCAGACGACCUCCGGGAGCUGAUCCCCCUGUUCACAGACAGCAUCAUGCGUCUGGGAACCAAGGACAUGACCAUGGAGCAGCUUGAGGAUCUAAUCAAGCUGAAGACUGGAGGCGUUUCAGUGGGCUACCACUCCACCCCUUCCCCUACGGACUUCCAGCAGGCCAGCGAGGGCAUUAUCUUCACUGGCAUGGCUCUAGACCGCAACGUCCCCGCGAUGUAUGGCUUGCUCUCCAAGCUGGUGCUGGAGACAGAUUUUGACAGCCCUGAAGCUGCACUUCGCAUCCGUCAACUGCUGCAAGCAUCGUCAGAUGGCAUAGUGAACGACAUUGCAUCUUCAGGCCAUCGGUUCGCGAUGGGCUACGCCGAAUCUACACUGACACGCAGUGCUUGGCUACGCCAGCAAGUCGGUGGCCUUUCGCAGGUCAAGCUCACGACACAGCUAGCAAGUCGUCCCGAAACCGACUCACUGGAAGAUGUCAUCGGGAAGCUCAAGAAGAUUCAGAGCUUUGCUCUGGCGAAUGAGAACCUGCGCACGGCCCUGACCUGCGGUUCUGAGAGCGCUGCGGCCAACGCUAGCUCCUUGCAAUCCUUCGUGAGCAGUCUGCCUGCAGGAGGUGUAGCGCCCACGGUUCCAGGGCUCACCCCGUUGCCCAAGGAUAGCAAGACCUUCUUUCCCCUCCCAUACCAGGUCUACUACGGAGGCCUGUCCGUACCGACAGCAUCGUACACGUCCAAGGACACGGCGCCCCUGCAAAUUCUGUCACAGCUUCUCACACACAAGCACCUCCACCACGAGAUCCGCGAGAAGGGUGGAGCAUACGGCGGCGGAGCCUACUCCCGAGCGCUUGACGGCCUCUUUGGCUUCUACUCUUACCGCGACCCGAACCCUCAGAACACCCUGGGCAUCAUGCGCAAUGCAGGCCGUUGGGCCCGGGACCGCACGUGGUCCGACCGCGAUCUCGAGGAGGCAAAGAUCUCUGUGUUCCAGAGCGUUGAUGCGCCCAAGGCUGUCAAUCAGGAGGGCAUGGCCAAGUUCCUCUCUGGCAUCACUGAGGAAAUGCGUCAGGAGAAGAGACUGCAAUUACUCGAUGUGAGCAAGGACCAGGUGCGCGACGUGGCCCAGAGAUACCUUGUCGACGCCGUGGAGAAGGGCAACGAGAGGUCAGCUUUCUUGGGCGAGAAGGCUUCCUGGGUUGACAGAUCGUGGGCUGUGAAGGACAUGAACAUCAAGACGGGCGAAUGA